ACAGCGCAGACGCGGGAGUGUCACGUGACUAAUUUUCGCAAGGGAGACAGGCCGGCGCAACUGCAGUCGGGAUUGGAGCAGAGCGUAGUUUUCAGAAUUAUGGCGAAAGCCGGCCAGACACAGGAGCCGGACAGCAUCGCUGCAGUCACUAUGCUAAAGCGGGCAGUGGAACUAGAUUCGGAGUUCCGGUACCGGCAAGCUCUGGUGUGUUACCAAGAAGGGAUUGAUCUGCUCCUGCAGGUUCUGAGAGGCACCAAAGAUUCUACCAAGAAAUGUAAUCUCAGAGAAAAAAUUUCUAGCUACAUGGAUAGAGCAGAAAACAUAAAGAAAUACUUGGAUCAAGAAAAAGAAGAUGGAAAAUAUCACAAGCAAAUUAAAAUAGAAGAUAAUGCAACAGGUUUCAGUUAUGAGUCACUUUUUCAAGAAUACCUUAAUGAAACUGUUACAGAGGUUUGGAUAGAAGAUCCUUAUAUCAGACAGACUCAUCAGCUGUAUAAUUUUCUUCGAUUUUGUGAGAUGCUUAUUAAGAAACCAUGUAAAGUAAAAACUAUUCACCUUCUCACCUCUCUGGAGGGCCGUGCUUUGCCACAAAGUAGUGGCCUGAAAGAAAUAAAAGAUUCACUCUGGAGUCAUGGAGUGCAGCUGGAAGUAGAAUACUCUUCUUCUAUACAUGAUCGAGAAAUUAGGUUCAACAAUGGAUGGAUUAUUAAAAUUGGAAGGGGGCUGGAUUAUUUCAAGAAACCACAGGGUCAUUUUUCCAUUGGAUAUUGUGAUUUUGAUUUAAGACCAUGUCAUGAAACAACAGUGGACAUUUUUCAUAACAGGCACACAAAAAAAAUAUGACGGGUAUUUUAUAUUAUAUAUUUCUAAGUGAAUAUCCAUUUUUGGUUUUACUUUUAACAGAUAAUUUUUGUAA